GCGUCGUAUAAAAGGCCUGCUCCUGGUUGCCCAGCCACCUCACUACAGGCUGGAUCUCAGAGUCUGCGGACCUCACAGGGACCCCCACGAGGUCGCGGGUGGGAUUGGAAGAACCGCUGCCUGGAAGUCACCGCCCUCUUCAGGCGCUUGUGAACGUGAGCUCCCAGUUCCCGAGUGCUCUGGAAGGCGUCAGCUUGUCCUCACCUGAUGAGUGACCCCAAGUCUGUGGUGCAAGUGGGCAACCAUGAGCCCGCAGGUGCAGCAGGCCGGGCAACCCCGCCACCCAGCAACUCGACCAGGCGGUGCUUCACAAUUGAUGACUUUGAAAUUGGGCGUCCUCUGGGCAAGGGGAAAUUUGGGAAUGUGUACUUGGCUCGCCUUAAAGAAAACCAUUUUAUUGUGGCCCUGAAGGUUCUUUUCAAGUCCCAGAUAGAGAAGGAAGGACUGGAGCACCAGCUACGCAGGGAAAUUGAAAUCCAGUCACAUCUACAACACCCCAAUAUCCUAAGGCUGUACAACUACUUCCAUGAUGCUCGCAGAAUAUACCUGAUCCUGGAAUAUGCUCCAAGGGGUGAGCUCUACAAGGAGCUGCAGAAAAAACAGAAAUUCGAUGAGCAGCAAACAGCCACGGGAAAUUGUGGCAGGCUUCACUUCCAGAUUGCCUUUACUUUGGUCAUACAGAUAAUAGAGGAGUUGGCAGAUGCCUUGACUUACUGCCAUGAUAAGAAAGUGAUUCACAGGGAUAUCAAGCCAGAAAACCUGCUGCUGGGAUUCAGGGGUGAGGUGAAGAUUGCAGAUUUUGGCUGGUCCGUGCACACUCCCUCUCUGAGGAGAAAGACAGUGUGUGGAACACUGGACUAUUUGCCUCCAGAAAUGAUCGAGAGGAAAACAUAUGGUGAGAAGGUGGAUCUGUGGUGCAUUGGGGUGCUCUGCUAUGAGCUGCUGGUGGGAAAUCCACCCUUUGAGAGCGCCUCCCACAAUGAGACCUACAGACGCAUCCUCAAGGUAGAUGUGAAGUUCCCCCUAUCAAUGCCUUUGGGAGCCCAGGACUUGAUCUCCAAGCUUCUCAGAUACAAUCCCCAGGAGCGGCUGCCCCUGGCCCAGAUCCUGAAGCACCCCUGGGUGCGGGCCCAUUCGCGGAGGGUGCUGCCUCCCUGUGCUCAGAUGGCUUCCUGAGCCCUGUCUGCCUCUGUUCCUUACAGUUUGUGUAGGGAGCUCUCCUGGCGUUGCUACCUCAUCUUUCUUCUUUGUUUCUUCUCUUAUUAAAUUAGCAUUGUGCAUCUUUAAAAAGCUGAAUAGUUUUGCACCAGGUCUUUAUAGUUGUGUGAGUUAGUGUGUGACUACGCUAAAUCUUAAUUUCUUAUGGAAACUCUUUCCCAUGAGAGUUGCCCAAGAUUCUCCUCCCCUGGAGAUGGUGACUUCACUCUCCUUGGAAACUACUGCCUACUUUCUUGCAGAUAAAUGCCCUGAGGGUGCAUAGCCUGUCACCUAUCACAGUGGCUCUUUGACUCAACUAUUCCCCAUGUGUAAAACAGGGCUGUCACCAACACAAAGGUCCACUCUCUUUGUACUGACAUUCAACAUGCUGCUGUUUCUGAAACGUUUUCCUGCACAUCAAUGCCACUGAAUUCUCAAAUGAAUCCACUAGCACCUCAGUGUUGUGUCAUAUUCUGAUUGCAUCAGAAUAAGUCAUCCCUAUAAUAGAUACAACUCACCUCUUCCGAAGUCACACUUCGCAGCAAUUUGGGGAGUCCCCUUCCAACCUUCUCCUGUAACCUCCUGUCACAGUUUUAUGUGGCAGCCGGUCCCUGCAUUGAUUGCAAUAAGCUGACUGCACUAGAGGAAAGAUCCAGAUUCCUCAGCUGUGAGCUCAAAUAUGUUUUCUGCUCAAUGCAGCCACUGUUGUCACCAACGUUUCUCUCGACUGAAAACACUUCGUAUGGAGUUUGCCUUGUUGAUGUUACUCUCACUGGUAUAUUCCACAGGCUCCGAUCAUUGGGAAAUGUCCAGCAGAUACAGGACUGAUUUCUAUUAUAACCAGAGCCACUGCUUAAAUAAUUUAGCCACUCAACUCUCAGAUGAACAGCUCACACUGUUGCAGAGCUAUAAGUUAAAUGCCCCAAGGCAUUGGCUCAUGGUUUUUAACCUGCACCUUCAGUGCUUACAUCUUUAUGGUUUCCAGCUUCAUCCUUAGUUUGAGUUAAUAUUUCAAUUAAACACUUGAAAAUUCCUAAUUAACUGGUCCACACUUAUGAACCCUGCAAUUUAUACAUGUUAGGUCCUUGAUAAACUCACAUCACUGGGCACAUUUUGAGAAGACAAAGAUAGAAAAAUCGCUAGGGCCACAACACUGACUGGCAAGUGAUAUAUGUUUACAUAAUGAAAACUCUAACGUGAUUUACACCAGGGAUUGAAAAGUGUCUCCAAUGUGUACAGAGUUUUCCUCACCUGCACUAAUUCCAGACAUUCUGGAC